AUGGCAAAAAGAUCACAUUUAUUACUUCUUUGCCAACUUACAUUCAUUCUCUUAAUUUUCUCUUCAUCAAAUGCUUUCAAAUAUAAUAUCUUGAGCUUUGGAGCCAAGCCAGAUGGAAGAAGUGACUCAACCAAGUCAUUUAUCAAGGCUUGGCAAGCUGCAUGCAAGUCAUCUAGUUCUGCCACCAUUUACGUACCACAGGGAAAGUUUGUACUUGGUUUAACCAAGUUCAAUGGGCCUUGCAAGAAUAAUGAUAUCCGAUUUUCAAUAGAUGGGACUUUGCUGGCUCAGUCAAGUAAGGUUGGGCUUGGUAAAUUGAGUCAAUGGAUUGUGUUUGAUAAUGUUCAAGGUGUGAAGAUUGAUGGGGGUACAUUUGAUGGAAGAGGAAAGGCUGUUUGGGCUUAUAAGACAUCAACUAGUUGUUGGGGUUGCUCCCUAGGUGCCUCAUCAAUAACAUUCACAAACUCAAAGGAUAUAGAGAUCACAAGAUUAAUAUCAAUGAACAGUGAACUUUACCACAUUGUGAUACUGAAAUGCAAAGAUGUGAAGGUGGCAGAGGUGAGUGUGAAAGCACCAUGGAAAAGCCCAAACACUGAUGGUAUUCAUGUUCAAAUGUCCACUGGUGUGAGCAUCACAAAGACCACAAUAAAGACCGGUGAUGACUGCAUUUCUAUUGGACCUGGCACUAAAAAUCUUAUGAUUGAGCAAGUCUUCUGUGGACCAGGACAUGGAAUUAGCAUUGGGAGCCUUGGCAAAGGAGAAGAUGAAGUAGAGGCAGUAGAGAAUGUCACAGUAAGAAACAGCAUGUUGACAGGGACAGAGAAUGGAGUUAGGAUCAAGACAUGGGCAAGACCAAGCAAUGGUUAUGUUAAAGCAAUCACAUUUGAGAACAUACUAAUGAGAGAUGUCAAUAACCCUAUCAUCAUUGAUCAAAACUAUUGCCCUCAUGGCAAAUCAUGCCCUGAUAAGAGCUCUGGAAUAAAAAUAAGUCAAGUGAUGUACAAGAACAUAAAGGGGUCAUCAGCAACACCAAUUGCAAUGAAAUUUGAGUGCAGUGAAAGUAAUCCAUGCAGUGCUCUUACCUUGCAAAACAUUGCCCUCACUUAUCAAAACCACCCUUCCAAGUCUUCUUGCCAACAUGCUCUUGGCCAUAUUUCUGGUUCCAUUGUUCCUCCAAGUUGUUUCUGA